AUGGCUUCUCUACAAGGUCCCGCCGUUUACCAAGUUGUCCGUGAAAAACAAGCCGGUUUAACCGGGACCUUUAAUUCGCCUCUACUGAAAGCGAAAUUACACAAAACGGGAUUAUUGGGGCUCAAAGUACUUACUCAUGGAAAAGCAAAUGUGGGUUAUAAUCGGCAUUCGAGAAAGUUCAGCUUGGUAAAUUGUAGUUUCAGUUCCUCGUCAAAUGGUGAUGGGAGGACGGCUGGGAAUUCGAACGAGAAUGAUGCCGACUAUGUGAAUUCAAGCGUAAUUGAAGCUGUCGAGGUAAGGAGUGGGGACGAUGGCUUCAUGGUCAAGAUGAGGGAUGGUCGCUAUUUGAGAUGCGUGCGCAAUAAUCUCCAGGGAGGUCAUCCACCUGAUUAUGCCCCACAUCCAGCAAUUGUGUUGAAGAUGGAGGAUGGGACCGGACUUCUUCUGCCCAUUAUUGUUUUGGAAAUGCCUAGUGUGCUGCUCAUGGCAGCUAUGUGCAACAUCCCAAUUGCUAGGCCAACCAUUUAUUCAGUCAUGAAUGAUAUGAUUGAGAAGAUGGGCUUUACAGUGAAACAAGUACGGAUCACAAAGAGAGUGCAUGAGGCUUAUUAUGCCGAGCUACACCUUGCCAAAAUCGAUAACGAGGCUGAGAGCUAUGUCUUUGACAUGCGGCCCUCGGAUGCCAUCAACCUUGCAGUUAGAUGCAAGUUCUUGACAUAUAAUGAUGGUAUGAGGAUUGUUGAGUCUGCAAAGGUGCCCGUUCAGAGUUCAUCAUUAGAUGGACAGUUGUUUACUGAGCUAGACAGACCUACCGGCCAGCCAUGCAUAGAGACGAAGGAGUUCAUUUUAUUAAGGAACAUGCUAAUUGCUGCUGUCGAGGAACGUUAUACAGAUGCAGCUCUGUGGAGGGACAAGUUAACUCAGCUUCGAAAUAAGAGGAACUGGACAUGA